GUCUUCACGUGGCUGGAUUUCGGUUUUACGGCUCAUCACCACAUGCCUCAAGCCGAAGGUUAUGUAGGAGGAGAAUGGCGUUUCUUGAUGCCCGUCGUGUCGUUAGUUACUGCCGCCAAGCUCACCCAAGCCGUUAGAACACCUCCCUCGCACAAAUACAGUAGUAUUUUCGGCAACUUCUUUACAACUGUGAUCGCCCUACUUGUUGCUGUUCAAGAUUCACGGCGGAAUAUCACAGACAGGCACAGAUUUACGAGCUUCCGUGUUGCUACAAGUUUUCGUGCUGAAUCUCGUACAUGCUGCACAGAUUUAUGAGCGAUGUGUGUACGUAGCAGCAGUUGCUCGCUGAAGUAGCUAAUCUAUACCAGAAUAUGCACAUCAUUUUUACGUAAAGCCAGUUCACUAGGCACCUGUCCCGACUCCCGCCGACUCGACAGCGCAGCCUCGCGUCCGUUCCAGCCGCGUAGCCGGUAGCAAGCGUCCCCCGCGUCAAUCACGUAACCGGUAUCAAACGCCGUUGUUUUAACCACCACCGCUCCUCGCCUCGUCCCUGUACCAAUCUCCACACGAUGACGUCAUCCGUGUCGUCACGCACGCCGCCACGGGCGCGUCUCGUCCCGACGUUCUGCACUCUCCUGCUUCUCGCGGCGCUGUUCUCGCCUUGCACCGUCGUCGCCGCCGCACGUGACGCUGCGCCUGGCGCCGCACUUGACGCCGCACAUGGCGCUUCUGGCCGCCGCCGCGUGCUUCAGGAACCGCUGGCGUCGGACGAGAUCGCAUCGGCAGAGACCGCCGCCCUGCUGGCGUUUAUGCGAGCCAUGGGGAGCCACCCCGCCUUCUCCCUCGCCGGUAGAUGGUCCAACGGCCCCUCGGCCAAUCGCCAGGGGCAGCUGUCGCAGCCCUGUGCUGACACGUGGCAGUUUGUGACGUGUGACUCGUCGGGCCGUGUCGUUACCAUCGACAUGAGCAACCCCCUGCUAGCCUCCCUCAACGUGUCAUGGGCUAAGGGCGCCACUAGGGAGUUUGUGGCGCAGCAGCUAACCGCCCAGAGCGCAUCCCCAGAGGCUGUAGCAGCGGCUGUAGUGACGGGGCCGCUGAGGGGGGAGAUCCCGUGGGGUAAAAUGACAGCGCUGCAGCGAUUGGAGCGGGUCGAUUUGAGCGGGAAUGAGGUGACUGGCGCUGCUGUGUCCGCUGCUGCUGCCCUGCUUCCCGGGCUCAAGCACCUCAACCUCACGUUCAACCUGAUCGACUCACUGCCGGCAGCGGUCACGGCAAUGACUGCCCUCGAGUCACUCCAUCUUGACAUGAACGCCAUCAGUGGCUCGCUCCCCUCGGGGCUCUCUGCCCUCACCCGCCUCUCCUCACUCGUUCUCGGGCAGAACCGGAUAGUUGGCCAGCUGCCCGAAGAGAUCGGCGCGCUCAGCAGCCUUGUGAACCUCGACUUGGGGGAGAAUUACUUUCAUGGAGUGCCUCCUGACUCCUGGAGCAACCUCACCAACCUGCAUCUCCUGUCCUUAUACCGUCUGCAUCUGACCGCCGCCUUCCCCCCCUCCUGGUCCGCCCUCGCGUCCCUCUCGUCCUUCACCUUCUCCUCUUCUGCUGCCUCGGGCCCCUUCCCCGCCUUUCUCACUCAACUGCGGAGCAUCGAACGCAUCUACCUGCACUCCAACCGCCUCUACGGCCCGCUGCCCUCGGACCUCUGGCGCCCUGCCACCCUCACCUACGUCGACCUCUCAAACAACUUCUUCAAUGGGUCUGUACCUCUGCCUCCACCUGAACGCCAGGCGGAUUUCAGGUACUUCUUUAACUGCUUCACUACUGCAACCCCCUCCCCAGCACCCAUGGCCGCUGCUGAUGCUGCUGCUGCCGAGGGCCAAUUGGAUGCUGCCACCUGUGCUGACUUCUAUUCCUACCGUCAGGGGCUUGAUGCUGCUGCUGCUGCUGGCACCCAGCAACCCUCCUCUUCCACCUCCACCUGGGGCUCGUCCUUCUUCACUGUCUGUCUGCUCAUCGCCCUCAUGGUGCUCGUGGUAGCCGUGGCUUUCACCUGCCGCCGCUCCAGGCAGCACCGUGGGCAGCAGCAGAGUGAGGAGCAGCAGCAGCGGCAGAUGCGGGUGGAGGUGGAUGUGGAUGCGGAUGCAGCACCUGCAGAGGGGGCUCCAGCCAACACAGACAUUCUAUCGCCCAAUAAGGGCCCCAACCAGCCGUUCCUUGCUGGCUUUACACCCUCUAACACGAGCUCUUAGCUAAGUGUUGGUUUCCAGGCGUCUCAAAAACAACUUUGCUGGCUUUGCUCCCUCCAGCACCAGCGCUUAGCCGAGCGCUUGUUUUGAGACGUGUCAGCUGGCAUCUGCAUGCAGGCAGGCAGGCAGCUCCUUUCAGUCUGCCAACCACUGUACUGUAAUGUGUUUGGUUUCUCCUUCUGUUCUGCUCUAUCAUUUGUUUAUAAAUAAACAAACACGGUGUAGCAAUACAGACUGUUGCACUUCAGGGCAGCAUCUGAUGCCUUUCCUCUGUGUUCUGUACAUUAUUGUGCUUUAUUCAUUUCUUACCGUAAUCCCCCGGAUAUAACACCCCGGGUAUAGUACAAAAUUCAUGCAAAAUCAGGGGGGUGGGUGCUCUAUUUCGCGUUUAGGCUAUA